GUCAUGGCCUGGAUGUCUCUUUUGUUCACACUCCUGGCUCACUGCACAGGAGCCUUUUCCCAAGCAGUUGUGACUCAGGAAACUUCACUCACCACAUCUCCUGGAGGGACGGUCACACUCACCUGUGGCUCAAGUACUGGGGCUGUUACAACCAGUAACUAUGCCAGCUGGGUCCAAGAAAAACCUUACCAGGUACACAAGGGUGUCAUAAGUAGCACCAGCAAUCGAGUCCCUGGGAUUCCUGCCAGAUUCUCAGGCUCCCUUAUUGGAGACAAGGCUGCCCUCACCAUCACAGGGGCACAGCCUGAGGAUGAGGCAGAGUAUUACUGUACUCUGUGGUACGCUGCUGUAAUUCAGGAGUCUUCAUUAACCACAUCUCUUGGAGAGACAGUCACACUCACCUGUGGAUCAACUACUGGGCCUGAUAUUGGCAAGAACUUUGCAUGGUGGAUCCAAGAAAAACCUUACCAGGUACACAAGUGCCUGAUAGCUCAAACUAGCAAUCGAGUCCAUGGUGUUCCUGCCCGGUUCACAGGCUUCCUUCUUGGAGACAAGGCUGCCCUCACCAUCACAGGAGUCCAGCUUGAGGAUGAAGCCGAGUACUACUGUGCUAUGUGGUUCAGCACCUAUAUCCACAAUGGGUCUCUUUCUCAGCCUGUGUUGACUCAGCCACCAUCUGCAUCUUCUUCUCUGGGAAAAUUAGUCACACUUACCUGCUCCCUGAACAGUGGCUACAUGAAGAAUAAUGUGGACUGGUACCAGCAAAGCUUCAAAAAGACUGUCCAGUUUUUAAUGCGAGUGGGCCAGAAUGGUAAUGUAAUAUCCAAGGGAGACAGUAUUCCUGAUAGAUUUUCAGGCUCUGGCUCUGGGCUACUUAGGUACCUGAACAUCCAGAAUGUCCAGGACGAGGAUGAGAAUAUCUACUACUGUGGGUCAGAUCAUGGCAGUGGAAGCAACUAUGUGUAA